AUGACCCGGCUAGCUAUCCUUCACCCUUCGGGCCUCGACGCCGUCGAGCUGCGCCAAACCCUCGACCAGCAUCAGGAGCUGUGGAGCGAUCUCGAUCUGCUAACGACGGACGAAGAGGAUAUAGGCACGCUGAGCGAAGCUCGGGGCACCGCCAAAGUAGUUCAGCAGGUAGACGAAGUCGUCCUGAGCCAAGCCGACGUAGUUUUCUUUUGUGGCCCGAUCGAGGCCAACCGGCCGCUGUUCGACAAGCUCGCAGAAAGUGCCACUGGGAUCGUCCUUUCCCCUGACGCCAGCCUGGCCGAUGGCAAACUGGUUAUCGACGGCAUCAACCUCGACCAAGCCGGCCGCGGCGAACGGCUACUCAGCCCGCAUCCUGGGGCCAUCGCCCUGGCCCACCUGCUGCAACCCCUCGUCGGCUUCGAGGCUCGCGCCGCCGUGGCCACUUUGCUAAAGCCGGUUUCGACCCACGGCAAGCAGGGUCUCGACGAGGUACUGAAUCAAACCCGCAGCCUGCUGGCUUUCGAAGCCGCACCGGAGCGCGAGGUCUUUGCCACCCAGGUAGCGUUCAACCUGCUCCCCACCGCCACCGAAGGCGCCGUGGUCGAGGCCCAGCUGAUGGCUACCCUGGCCAGCACACCGACCGUUGCCGUGCAGGUCUUACAGGCCGGAGUGUUCCACAGCUACAGCAUCAGCUUGCGGGUCGAGCUGGGCCAAGACCCAGGGGCCAAGGCGGUGCGCAAGGCCCUCGGCAAGCACCUGGCCAAUGACCUGGCGGUCGAUCCCGAACUGCUCGGCCCAAUCGACGCCGCGGCCCGCGAGGAGGUACUGAUCGGUGCGGUCGAGCCGGCAGGCGAAAGCGCUUACUGGAUCUGGGCGGUGAUGGACAACCUGACCCGUGGCAGCGCCCUCAACGCCCUGGCGAUCCUCGAGGCGAUCGGCCCUCCAGUGACUCACUGA